AAGAUUCCUGAAAAGUUUAAUUUACAAAGCUUAUGAGUGAAUUUUAGUGCAAAAUAAUGUUCAGAUAAAAAAAAUUGUAUGUGAUGUUAAAGGUAAUUUAUUUGCAUUAAUAAAAUACAAUAAAAUAUAGAAAUGUCAGAAAAUUCGAACGAAGAACUGCCAUCGUCCGAACUUGGAACUCGGGAAUAUUGGGACAAAGCUUACUCUCUGGAAAUUGAGAAUUACAAAGAUCACGGAGAUGUCGGUGAAAUAUGGUUUGGCGAGGAAAGUGGCACAAAAGUUGUCAGAUACAUCGAGGAUAAUCUAAAGCUCUUUAAAGAGGACGACAGAAUAAUGGACUUAGGCUGUGGAAACGGUAUGCUGCUACUAUCUCUGGCCCGAAAAGGAUUUAGAAAGCUAACGGGAAUCGACUAUUCGCAGAAAGCAAUCGACUUAGCCAGAGAAGUGCUCGACAAUGAAAAUUACUUUGAAGUUGAGCUUCUGGCUGGCGAUAUCGUCGACUCUGCAGUACUAGGUUUGUCCAUUUUUAAAUUCAAGUUAGCUCACGACAAGGGCACCUACGAUGCUAUCAGCCUGAACCAGGAUAAUCCUAAGGAGAAGCGCCAGAAGUACAUUGAAAAUGUUCACAAUAUUCUUCUAGAUGAUUCUUAUUUGAUACUUACUUCCUGCAAUUGGACAAAAGAUGAAAUUAUCGAACAUUUUACGAAUUAUUUCGAGUUUAAAGAGGAGAUUCCAUCCAAGAAAUUCUUAUUCGGUGGACAAACAGGCAAUACGAUAACUCAGUUAAUAUUCACAAAAAUAGUAAGAGAACAGCAGUGUGCGUGAAAUUGUUGUUUUUAAUGUGAC